AUGGAGAUUGAAAAUAUUGUAGCAAAUACUGUUUAUAUUAAGGCAAGAGAAAGUGGUGGGCAGAAGAAAGGAAAAAGCAAAAAGUGGAAAAAUUAUUUACAAUUUCCACACUAUUUAGAAUGUCGUUAUUUACGUAAUACUUUAGAUAUAAGUUAUUCAUAUAUUGUUGAUAAACAACCAAUUGGAAAAUUAUUAUUUGAAGAUUUUUGCAAUACUAAUCAACAAUAUGAAUAUUGUUGGCAUUUUUUACAAAAAGUUGAAGAGUACGAAACAAAUGAUGAUGAUGAAGAAGUAAGAAGAGAAUUAGCUAAAGUUAUUUAUACAUUUUUAACGACUAAUAGUAAUGAAAAUAUAACUGAUUUUAAUGGACAAAAUAAUGGUUAUGUACCAGAUUGGUGUGAUUUUUUAGGACACCAUGUAGUAGAACAAUGUUUAAAAGCUGCAAAAGAAGCUAGUACAGCUACCGAACCAACUGGGGAUAUAUUUUCUGAAGCUAGCAAACUUGUACGCUCUUUUUUAGCAGAAAUUCCAUUUAAAGAAUUUACUGAUUCUAUUUAUUUUAAAAGAUAUCUUCAAUGGAAAUGGCUUGAAAGAAGACCUGUCGAUAAAAGAACUUUUAGAUUAUAUAGAGUUUUAGGUAAAGGUGGAUUUGGUGAGGUAUGUGCUUGUCAAGUACGAGCUUCAGGAAAAAUGUAUGCAUUAAAAAAACUUGAAAAGAAAAGAGUUAAAAAACGUCAUGCUGAAACAUUAAGUCUUAAUGAAAAACAAAUUUUGCAAAAAAUCAAUUCACCAUUCGUUGUCAGUUUAGCUUAUGCUUAUGAAACAAAAGAUGCAUUAUGUUUAGUUUUAACACUUAUGAAUGGAGGUGAUCUCAAAUUUCAUCUUUAUAACUUAUCACCUGGUGGUUUUGAGGAAAAAAGAGUGCAAUUUUAUGCAGCAGAAAUUACAUUAGGUCUUCAACAUUUACAUAAAGAAAAAAUAUUAUAUAGGGAUUUAAAACCAGAAAAUAUUUUAUUAGAUGAUUAUGGUCAUGUUAGAAUUUCUGAUUUAGGUUUAGCUGUUGAAUUAAAAGAUAACGAACCAAUUAAAGGACGUGUUGGUACUGUUGGAUAUAUGGCACCUGAAAUUGUUAAAAAUGAAAGAUAUUCAUAUGGUGUAGAUUGGUGGGGACUUGGAUGUCUUAUUUAUGAAAUGAUUGAAGGUAAAGCACCAUUUAGACAACGUAAAGAAAAAGUUAAAAGAGAAGAAGUUGAAAGAAGAGUAAAAGAAGAUCAAGAAAAAUAUUCUGAUAAAUUUAGUGAAGCUGCUCGUACAUUAUGUAGAGGAUUACUUCAUAAAGAACCUAGUUUUAGACUUGGUUGUAGAAGAGUUGGUAAACCUGAAGAAGGUGCUGAAGAAAUUCGUGCACAUUCAUUUUUUAUAACAGGUGAUUCAAAAACACAAAGAGAACCUGUACCUUGGAAAAAAAUGGAAGCUGGAAAACUUGUACCACCAUUUUGUCCUGAUCCAAGAGCAGUAUAUGCAAAAGAUGUUCUUGAUAUAGAACAAUUUAGUACUGUUAAAGGUGUUCGUUUAGAUUCAACUGAUGCUCAGUUUUAUGAAAAAUUUAAUACUGCUUCAGUAUCUAUUCCAUGGCAAAAUGAAAUGAUAGAAACAGAAUGUUUUAAAGAACUUAAUAUAUUUUAUGUCAAUGGUCAAUUAGUUCCUGAUCUAAGACCUGAUGCAGCUCCAAAUGGGCGUAGUGUAUCAACUCAAAGGCCAAGUCUCUUUUCCCGUCUUUUUAAACCAGUCAUGAAUUGUUAUAAAGGUAGUGAACAAUAA